AUGUUAAAUCCGAAGAAACUAAAAUUUUUAACUGAAAAGUAUGAGAAGGAAAAUAGCAAUUUAAAACUUCAAGAAGAAUUUAUUGCUUUACCAGGACUGAACCCCAUAUCAGGAAAAUUUUACGCGAAACACGAAGCCCUUUCAUCUGAUGAUGACCCACCUGUUGAUUACGUCAAUCUCGUCAAGCGUAGUGCCUCGUCUAUUCCGAAAGAUCACUAUCAAUUUCCGCCGCCUUGUGUUAAUAUGCAAUACGGUUGGUUCAACGAACCCUUGAUUGCUCGUUCCAUGGACAAAAGACUUUACUUUCCUAUCACACAAUGUGAUUUCAUAAAACAAGAGAUUUACAUACGAGAGAUGCAAAAAACGUUGCCUGAAAACAAGUUCGAAGGCGUGCCAUUUCGUCUUUAAAUUUAUUUAUAUAGACAGAUAAUGUAUUUUCAUUCAUCUAAAUUUGUGAAUAAAAUAUAAAAUAUGAUCAUGAAUCAAAUAUAAACUAAUGAAUCAGUUCACUAUUUUCUGAAGAUCU